AUGGACACAACGACACCCCCGUCCCUUCCGGGGAAUCGUAUCAAUGUCUACUUACAGACCCUAAUCAAAGUCAAAAAGGGUUUACCAUUCGGUCAACCCGUGUGUGUGUCACCUUCCCAUACUAUUAACACCACCGAAGGCCUCCUACACCUCGCAGCCCUGAUCGGCCCACAUAUUGCCAUUCUACAAGUCCAUGCGGACAUCAUCGAUGAUUGGAGUUACGAAACGGCUUGCCAACUGACCUCCUUGUCUCAAAAAUAUGGGUUUUUGUUGUGGGAGAGUAGCCGGCUCCUCAAUGCCAGCAUUGAUGUCAUCGGUAGAAUUCAAAUGGAAACGCGAGAAAUGCGGAAUGAGAUGAUGGAUCUGAUUCGGAAGACAUACACAAGAGGGAUUGUGAAGACGGCAUCGUGGUCCCCGAUGGCCUCGGCCUGGUCGUCGGGUGUGCCGAUUAACAAUCAAGAGGCCGACUUGUUGAUCCCAACCCUGAGAACGGCGGCUCGAGAAGCGGUCUCCCACACCCUGAAAACCAUUCAAACGGAGAUUACAACAGAGCGCCCGUUGUGCAGGCCCGAAUCAGGAGCAUCGGCGGACGAAAACGCCGCGGUAUCUGCUCGGAAACAAUCGACCAUCUCCCUAACUCAGACGAUCACUCAGCAUACCGAGGACGUACCGCAAGACUCGCUCGAGGAGAAACGGAGGGUACCAUCCAUUCCAGAGUGCGGCGAGUCGACGCCAUGCUCUGCAGAGGCCGGGAUCCCGCCCCCACCCAUCUACGCCCGGGGUCUGGUGUUGGUUCUCCCAUCGAUGACCCAAACAUUAUUCAAGCCGGAAUAUCGACGGACCAGUAUAGCGGCUGCCCGCGCCAACCAAGACUUUGUACUGGGUUUCAUCAGUCCUGACCCGUGGCAAGUAACUUCAAAGAAAGAAGACAUGUUUGAAGACAUCCCCGACGAAGACGACGAUACGGCCCCAGGGCCAUAUUCGACGAACGAGGAGAACCCCCUGCCGUGUCUGAGCGUCUACUCGAUCAUUCCCUAUCAACUGGGUGUCAUGGAUGGCAAAAUCAUCGACGAAGUCGAGGAAGAUGAAGACGGGAAAGCGGUCGCCCCGUCGCCCUCUCAAGUCGAGCCCAACAAUCCGAUAGCAAGGCGGAUCUUCUAUAUAGUGGAGCAGGCGUUGAAGAGUCGAGAUGGGACCGACGAAGUCAACACGAAUCCAUACACGAACACAAAGGUGAUGAACGGUCGCAAGCUCCUGCACUGCCCGAUCAUAGCGAUACCAUAA